CGAUCCUCUCCCUCUCCCUCUCCGUCCCCCAAGCAAAGAAAAGAAGCUAGCUAGCUAGGCGUAGAACGAAUGACGACGCAGGGCGGCAACAGGUCGACGACGACGCUGGUCGCCGCCGUGGCCGUAGUUCUGGCCGUGGCGGCGGCGUCGUCCCUGGCCGGCGUGGCGUCCGCGGAGAAGGCGGGCGGGUUCGUGGUGACGGGGCGCGUGUACUGCGACCCCUGCCGCGCCGGGUUCGAGACGAACGUGUCCAGGAGCGUGGCCGGCGCGACGGUGGAGGUGGUGUGCCGGCACUUCGGCGCGUCCAAGGAGACGCUCAAGGCGGAGGCGACGACGGACGACAGCGGGUGGUACAAGCUGGAGAUCGACCAGGACCACCAGGAGGAGAUCUGCGAGGUGGUGCUGGCCCGGAGCCCCGACCCGGGGUGCGCGGAGAUCGAGGAGUUCCGCGACCGCGCCCGCGUCCCGCUCACCUCCAACAACGGCAUCAAGCAGCAGGGCGUCCGCUACGCCAACCCCAUCGCCUUCUUCCGCAAGGACCCGCUCAAGGAGUGCGGCGCCCUCCUCGAGAAGUACGAUCUCAAGGACGCCUCCGAGACGCCAUGAUCGUCCUCCGUCCUGUGCAUGCCUGCAUCCAUUGCUGCCCUGCCCGCUCGCCCAAGAAUUGAAGAUGGUAGCUGCCUUCCGCGUUUUUUGUAUUGUGUAUGUCUAUGCACUGCAUUCGAGGGCAGCGAUAAUGGGCCUGGCCUCGUAAGCAAACGUUCGAUCCGCUUCUUUUGAUGGGCCUAAAUCUGCAUGCAUGCAGAUGUACUGCUACUUCUGCUCUUUUAUAUUGCUUUUUUUUUUAAUUUUAUUAACUUCUCGUUUUCUCCCUCAUCCCUCGUCGAGGAGGAAGGGUAUCCGUUUUGUUUUUAUGAUGCAAAGGUAUCCGUUUUGUUUGUAUAGUACAGUAUCUCAUCUAUUUGAGAUCUCUUAUGGUUU